GUGUGUGUGUGUGUGUGUGUGUGUGCGCGUGCGUGCGUGUAAGGCGUCUUGCUUCCGGCUCCUCGGGGCGGUCAUCUCAGGGACUUUGUGGUGACCGAGCCGUGGCGAAGAGCGGCCUGCGGGGAACCCGGCCGAGCUUCACUGAAGGAGCACCCACGGAACACACUCCUGCCCAAUGGCAAUCCAGCCCCAUCCAGGAAUGUCGGCAUGACAGUCUCCCAAAAAGGGAAUCCUCAGCCAACACCAAGCCCAGCCAGAACUGGGGUGCAAUUAGGACUAGUCAUUGGAGCGAUGGAUGAAACCGACUCUGCGUUUUUAAAAUUUAAGCAGGCAACCGAUGAGUCCCUGUCACUUACACCCUCAAAUUCUGAGUCUGUUUUCAUAGAAGAUCCCUAUAGUGCCUCACUGAGGAGUGAGAUUGAAUCAGACGCCCAUGAGUUUGAGGCUGAAUCCUGGAGCCUCGCAGUGGACUUGACAUAUGCCAAGAAACAAAAGAAGGAGGUGGUGAAAAGGCAGGAUGUCCUGUAUGAACUGAUGCAGACAGAGGCACACCAUGUGCGUACACUCAAGAUUAUGCUGAAGGUAUACUCCAGGGCUCUACAGGAGGAGCUACAGUUCAGUGGCAAAGCUAUCAGUCGUCUCUUCCCAUGCGCUGAUGACCUGUUGGAGAUGCACAGUCUUUUCCUUGCUCGGCUCAAGGAGCGCCGCCAGGAGGCCCUGGAGGAGGGCAGUGAACGUAAUUACAUCAUCCAGAAAAUUGGAGACCUUCUGGUCCAGCAGUUUUCGGGUGAAAAUGGGGAGCAAAUGAAAGAGAAGUAUGGUGUGUUUUGUAGUGGCCACAAUGAAGCUGUCAGUCAUUACAAGUUAUUGCUGCAGCAAAAUAAGAAGUUUCAAAACUUGAUCAAGAAAAUCGGCAACUUUUCCAUCGUGCGGCGGCUAGGUGUACAGGAGUGUAUUCUUCUGGUGACCCAGCGUAUAACCAAAUAUCCAGUGCUGGUGGAACGUAUCAUUCAGAACACAGAAGCUGGCACCAAAGAAUAUGGAGACCUUAUCCAGGCCCUGAACCUCAUCAAAGAAAUCAUCUCACAAGUGGAUGCCAAGGUCAGCAAGUGUGAAAAGGGACAGCGCCUUAAGGAAAUCACAGGAAAAAUGGACCUGAAGUCCUCCAGCAAACUCAAGAAUGGGCUCAGCUUCCGUAAGGAGGACAUGCUGCAGCGGCAGCUCCACUUGGAGGGCACCGUAUGCUGGAAGACAGCAUCAGGGCGCUUGAAAGAUGUCCUUGCUGUCCUAUUGACUGAUGUGCUUUUGCUACUGCAAGAAAAGGAUCAAAAAUACAUCUUUGCUUCUGUGGACUCAAAGCCACCCAUCAUCUCUCUGCAAAAGCUUAUUGUAAGGGAAGUGGCCAAUGAGGAGAAGGCCAUGUUUCUUAUCAGUGCCUCCCUGCAAGGACCCGAGAUGUACGAAAUCUACACCAGCUCCAAAGAGGACAGGAAUAGCUGGAUGACCCAUAUCCGCAGGGCUGUGGAGAGCUGUCCUGAUGAAGAAGAGGGGCCCUUCAGUGAUGCUGAAGAGGACAGGAAGGUGGUGGAGGCCCGUGCCAUGAGACUCAGGGACUUUCAAGAGCGGCUGAGCCUGAAAGACCAGCUGAUUACACAGAGCCUCCUGGAGAAGCAGCAGAUCUACCUGGAGAUGGCUGAGAUUAGCAGGCUUGAGGAACCUACCCAGUGCCGAGGCCUCUUCCAUGGUGGUGACCCCUCAGAGACCCUGCAGGGGGAACAGAUUCUCAGGUCUGCCAUGAGCCAGAUUGAGGGUCUCCAGAGCUUGAUCUACAGGCGGCUAGGCAAUACCAAUGGCCAGGAAGAGGAGGGAAUAAGCUCUACAGGCCUGCCCAGGAGGGCUGAGACCUUCGGAGGCUACGACAGUGUGAGCAGUGCCAGCAAGAGUGACAGCUUUAAGAAGAAGGUCUGCAGUGGUGACCCCAGACCCCCAGACUGGUGGGGGCCUUCCAGCAGCCUAGACUCCAAGCCCUGUGAUGGUGACACCCCUGGAGGCUUAGAGGAGGCACCACAAGUGGGGAAGAGGCCUAGCGCAGAGACUGACUCUCAUCUGUCCUCCAUCCUGGAGUCAGAGCUUGUCCAGAGAGUCCAGAUGCUGUCACAGCUGCUACUUAGUCUCCAGGCAGUCAUAGUGCAGCAGGACAGCUAUGUGGAAAUACAGCGAGCAGCCAUCCAAGAGCAUGAAAAGCAGUUCCGGCUACAGUCUACACGUGGAAACCUGCUGCUGGAGCAGGAACGGCAGCGCAAUUUUGAGAAGCAGCGUGAAGAGCUGGCAGGUGUGGAGAAGCUACAGAGCCAACUAAGGCUCGAGCAGCAGCGCUGGGAACGUGAACGUGCACACCAGCAACAGGAGCUGGAGCUUGCAGGCGCACAGCUGCAGAAGCGCGAGGGUGAAGCAAGGCAGCUGCGUGAGCAGUUGGACCAGGAGCGUGCAGAGCUGGAACGUCAGCGCCAGUCCUACCAGCAUGACCUGGAGCGGCUGCGAGAGGCCCAGCGUGCAGUGGAACGUGAACGAGAGCGCCUGGAGUUGCUGCGCAGGCUCAAGAAGCAGAACACUGCACCAGGGGCACUGCCACCCGAGGCACUGGCAGAGACCCAGCCCUCAAGCCACCCUCCCAGCUUCAGUGGGGAAGAACUGGAGGGACCCUUGUCCCUGGCCAAAGCACCAGGGACCCGAGUGAGCAUGCUGCCCUCCAGCGUUGGGCCUGAGUAUAUAGAGCGCCCUGAGGUGGCCCGUCGGGACAGUACCCCUAGUGAGAGCCGGCCAGUCAAGAGUGACGUGCCCAUUCAACUGCUCAGCACCACCAACCAGAUCCAGAGGCCAACAGCUGUGCAGCAGCAGAUUCCCACCAAGCUGGCCGCCUCCACCAAGGGCAGCAAGGACAAAGGCAGCAAGAGCAGGGGCUCCCAGCGCUGGGAGAGCUCAGCGUCAUUUGACCUGAAGCAACAGUUGCUUCUCAACAAAUUCACGGGCAAGGAUGAGAAUGCUGCUCGGAACCGCCGUUCGCUGAGCCCCAUCCCGUCUGUCAUACAGGCCUCCACACCUGCUCCAGAACUCUGCUUCCCAAGCCCAGCCCUGCCUGCCAUCUCCCUGGAGGCCACCUCCUUCAAGUCUGGAGGCACAUCCUUGCCACCUGCAUCCCUGGUCCCCUCACUGCCCACCACUGGCAAAGACGAAGUUGGCAAGGAAGACGUCAUCUUCUUCUGAGGAGGAUAUGGCCCUCUGUCCUGCUCCCCCUCUGUCUCUGAGAACCGUAUAGAUGACUGCCUGUCUGGCCAUCCCCCAUCCUCUGUCCUUGCACACCCUGAAGCCUGAACACACCUGAAGUUGUCCUAUUGGUGCUUUGGGUCUUACAGCUGUAAGAAAUAGUGGUAAAGCCUGGGUAAUAAUCUGAACUACACACACACACACACACACACACAAAAAAAAAAAAAAAAAAAAACUUAUUAGAGGGUGAACUGGAGCUAAACCACAGAAUCAAGGAGAUACGGACUCCCAGCUGGUGUCCAUAGGCAGUAAAGAACCAGGGAGCUAGAAAAUGGCCAUGUUGGGUCUGAGAAGAUGCUGGCUUCAGGCCAGACUCUGGGCCCUUAGAAACUCUAAAGUGACUCAAACCAAUAGGGCAACAGAAGGGGCUGAUUAUAUGAUCUGUGUCUGUCCCCAGAGUCCAGUGAACUUCCUUGCCAAACUGGUCAGCCUCAUCUAGAGUGAGCCAGGCAGGGACAAUUGAGAAUCAUGGGGUGGGGCCAAGUUCUGAACGGACACUGUCGAUUCAGAAGCCCAUCUGACUAGGGGCUGACCGACUGUUACUCCUAGUAACAGUGAUUUUCCCAACUCUGCUUCCUGAGUGUACCCACCAUGUUCAUCUCACACCCUGUCUGGAAUACUGAACCCCAGGCUUAUGCAGAGUACUGAGGGUCUUAGUCCCCAUGGACAAGGGGCUGCUGGUAGGAACCCAACAGUUUCAAUGGGCAUGUGGAGGAAAGGCUUAAUGACAUUGUCAGUGAGUGGAUAAAUGGCCAUCCUGCUGGUACCACCUUUCUUUCAGUGAGGCCUACAGCCUGUGGAGGUGUCAGAAGAGCAUUCUGGGUCCUUACUAUCUGGGGUAGGGGCAUGUUCUGCAUCAGGGCUUCCCCACAGCACCUCCCAAAGCAAUGGCAACAGAAUUAAGUCCCAGGUUGGCUAUUCUUGAUCCCAAAAGAGCCAAGUCAUCCUCCAGAGCCAUGUCCUGGGGAACUCCAGCAGGGACUCCAUCAUCUCUAGAUGCACUGACAGACCUGUGUCCUGUUUAAGACUCAGCCCUGCCGGGCGUGGUGGCGCACACCUUUAAUCCCAGCACUCGGGAGGCAGAGGUGGGAGGAUUGUGAGUUCGAAGCCACCCUGAGACUCCAUAGUGAAUUCCAGGUCAGCCUGGGCUACAGUGAGACCCUACCUCGAAAAACAAAACAAAAAAAAAAAAGUCAGCCCAGUGAGCUGAGCCAUUUCAGCCACUGGGGACAAGCCAGAUGGGGAGUAGAACUAUCAGGAACUGCUGGCAUAAACAUGACCCUCUAGAGCUGAAAUACCUGCUCAGUGCUGCAGACUCUGGAGGUGACCAGGUAAGUGUAGUAGUGAUCAGGAGGCGGCAACAGCCAGUGGGUGACAAGGUGCCAAAAGCAUCAGCUUCUAAUGACUUCUGAGCACAGCAAGUGGUGUACUAUCUCCUAUCCUCAUCCCCAGGCCCCUCAGAAUCUCAAUUCUGCUAUCUCUGUCUUAUGUCUGGAGUGUCUCCCCAACGUACCUGUGCCAUGUUUCUUAUCAGUGUUUUGUACUGAGUUGUCUCUGUGCACUUUAGAUAAGGUGAUUUUUAAGUUCCUGCUCUGUGGUAAAGAGAACAUUUCCUGGACCACCACCCACCCCCAUGCUGGUAGGUAGGUCACUUCCCCCCCCCCCCCACAUACCGUGCCCUGCCUGCAUGCUCUGUCCCACCUCUCAAAUGCCACAGUUCCUUGAACUCUGAGAAGUUCAUGCGAUUUUCACUGAACCAUGCAGUGGGAAUCAUCACUCCCACAGCAAGUGGUCAUGCACAUAGGCGUGUCCCCUAGCACCAGCACCCUUGAAACACUCCGGAGUUGAGCCCAGUUGAUUGGAAAGUGGUGACCCAAACAGUAUUUCUGUUUAUGUGGAAAUCCAUCCACACCAUCCUUGUCAAUUGUGAUCAUGGUCUUUGUCCACCUGACAGUUCAGUGAUUAUGGCACAUCCUCACCACAGGAUGUUUUGGAAGCACCCUAGAACUUGUGACCAGAUCUAGCAAUAAAAGUGUCAAGAGGA